UGGUCAUUCUACCCAAAUAUGGUAUGACGGAAUGCGGGCUUGACUUCCUCUGGAUGUGUGAUGUUGAUGAAUAACUAUUAGAGGGAAUCGAAAGGUUCGCUCAUAGACUCUCUUCAGCACCGAUACUAAGGAUUCCAGGUUGAAAGAAAAGAAAAUACAGAAGGUCCUGGCACAAUGAGGGAGCUGUACAUUGUCGGUGCUAUUUUAUUUUUGAUUUAUACAUUCAUCCCUUCUUCAUUUUCAAGUUCAGAAUGUCUAAGCCAGAGUACUUGUAAUGAGUGCAUAAGUAAACCAUCAUGUGCUUGGUGUUCACAAGAGAAUUUCGACAAAGAUACAAAAGCCCCUUCACGCUGUGACACCUACCUGCGUCUAAAAGGAUAUGGAUGUCGCGAAGAAAACAUUUCUAAUCCGCAGAGUAUUUUUUCAGAAACUAAAAAUGAUCCUGUUGGUGCAACUAUUCAAGUCACACCUCAAAGAGUGACUCUUAAGCUAAGGCCAGGUAUUCCAUCUAUAUUGCCAGUCACUAUUCGCCCGGCAGAGAAUUACCCUGUGGACUUGUAUUACCUUAUGGACAUGUCCUGGUCCAUGGAGAACGAUUUAGAUAACCUGAAAAAGCUUGCAGGAAAAAUAGCUGAAAGUAUGAAGAAUAUAACAAAGAACUUCAAGUUGGGGUUUGGAUCAUUUGUAGACAAAACAGUUUCUCCUUAUGUCCGCACUGAGCUCACAAAGCCUUGCUCAGACACCAGUGAGUGUGUAGCAAGCUAUGGGUUUAAACACAUACUCCCCCUUGUUAGGAAUGAUACAAUGUUUAAGGAAAAAGUAAACGAGCAAAAGAUUUCUGGCAAUCUUGAUGAGCCCGAGGGAGGUUUUGAUGCUCUUAUGCAGGUUGCUGUGUGUGAUCAGCAAAUUGGUUGGUCAGUAAAUGGAACAUCUCGUCGUCUUGUUGUCUUCGUCACUGAUGCCCCCUUCCAUUUGGCUGGAGAUGGCAAGCUGGGAGGUAUUGUCACUCCAAAUGACGGACAGUGCCAUUUAAGCAACAGUGGGGUCUACACCAAGUCUGAUGAGCUGGACUAUCCAUCAAUUGCCCAACUCCAUGAAAAACUUCUGCAGAAACAAAUCCAACCCAUUUUUGCAGUCACUGGAAAUGUCACUGAUCUGUACUUGGGCUUAAGUAAUUCCUGGGAUGAUUUGGGUGCUACAACAGGUGUCCUUGCUGAAGACUCAGGGAACGUAGUACAACUGAUAAAGAACAGCUAUGAAAAAAUUGCUUCCACUGUCAAGCUCUCAUAUAAAGCACCCCCUGGGAUCUCUGUUUCUUACAGUGGCACAUGCAAGGAUGGACAGCCUGUGGUUAAUGGAGAGUGCACAGGAGUUGGUAUUGGACAGAAGGUUAAGUUUGAUGUCUCUGUUACACUGGAUCGCUGUACUGAAGAUGUUCAGAAAUACAAAAGUUUUCCAAUUCGUGUUCCUGGAUUUGGUCUUCUAAAUGUGGACUUAGAGUUUAUUUGCAGUUGUCAGUGUGAUGGCAAAGAUUUCCGAGAGGAGAACAGUACCCGUUGCUCUUCGGGAAAUGGCACAUAUGCAUGCGGCCAAUGUCAGUGUCAUAAGGGAAGGUAUGGGGAGCUGUGUGAAUGUGAUAAUCCAUUUGACAAGAAAACGGAUGUCACCAAGUGUAAAGCGACUAACGCCACUGAUGAGCCGCCGUGUAGCGGCCAAGGACAGUGUAUCUGUGGAAAGUGCGUCUGUAACCGGGACCCCCGUGGGCGCAUCUAUGGCGACAAGUGCCAAUGUAACGACUUCUCCUGUCAGGAGCAUCAGGGCUUAGUGUGUGGUGGUAAUGAGCGUGGGGUCUGUGACUGCGGCGUCUGUAAAUGCAAGGACGUGUAUGUUGGCGUGAACUGUGGCCAGAGAAACUGCUCACUACUCGAUUUCGAGUGCCGAAAGGACAAAGGAUCUCCCGUUUGUGGAGGUCCCGACCGCGGCACGUGUGAAUGCGGAAAAUGCAAGUGCAACCGAAAGUACACCGGCCAGUACUGCGAGGAAUGUCCGUCAUGCGAGGGCGGCAUCUGUAGUCGCAGCAAAGAUUGUAUUCUCUGUACCAAAUUCGAGAAGAAAUCCCUAGACGAUUGCAAGAAGUUGAACCGCUGCGAGCCUAUUGUCCAGUCCGUGGAGUUCGUGGACAAGAUAGAGACUCUGACCGCCAAGGGCCUGUACCGUUGUGAAGGGGCUAGGGAUAAAUGCACGUAUUACUUCACUUACGACAAGCGUGCGGACGGAAAGACGUACGAUCUGUAUGUUCAAGAAAAGCAGGACUGUCCAGAACCAGCCCCUAUCCUUGCCAUCGUACUGGGUGUGGUCGGGGGGAUACUACUUAUCGGCCUGCUGUUGCUAUUAAUUGGUAAAAUCAUGGUUUCCAUGGUGGACCGAAUCGAGUACAAAAAAUUCGAGCGCGAUCGUAUGAGGUCCAAGUGGCACAGGGAAAAGAACCCUCUUUACAAGGAAGCUAAGACGACUUUCGAGAAUCCUACUUAUGCUGGCCGAUAAGCUGGUCACCGGACAGAAACAUCAAGGUGUCCGGUUUGUGUUCAUAAUGCCAUCCGACAGCCAUCUUCAUUCAGUACAAUCAAAUACGCGCCACUCUCGCCUUCCUAAGCACAGUUAGAUACCCCCACUCUCGCCUUCCUCAGUACAAGUCAGAUACGCCCCACUCUCGCCUUCCUAAGCCCCGUUAGAUACGCCUCUUUCGUAUUCUCAUCUCCCGAAAUACCUCUAGAUCAGUUUAGCUAUGAUGUCCGAAUGAUAACCCGUCAUUCCAUCCAAAGAUGACUCGUCAUUCCUUGAUUCCUAUUAAAGCGGUCACGUCACUGGGCCUCGAUUUACUCAACAAUCAACCAUUAAACGAGAGGCUUUCGCCUUAGAAAUCUCACUCAAAUCUUAGUGGUUCUCUUGGUCUUAGAUGGACUUCUCGACACAUACUGUAAUAAUGUUCCUACCCCUGUUCUAUCUGAUUGUGCUCUGACGAGUGUGUUUUUAUUGUGUAAAUAAUCACCGACCGUCAGUGUGUGUGAUUCGCAGUUUAUAGAUUUCUCUCGACGGUCCGUUUUAUUUUGGUAACAUUGCACUGGACUGGUCGGAUAUUUGUUGAUAUUGCAUGCUGAGUUGAUAGUUAGUAGAUAAAAAUUAUAACAAAUAAGAUAAUAUCGGAUACAUUGAUAUCCAUCAAAUAAUGUACAAAUGAGCUUUUGGUCGAGCAAUAAAGUCAAAUAAUACAUUUUUUU